AUGGACUACGAUUACCUCAUAAAAUUAUUAUGCGUUGGUGAUUCGGGAGUUGGAAAAACGAGCUUCCUUUAUAAAUACACUGACGGGGUUUUCCAUACUCAAUUUAUAUCUACAGUUGGAAUAGAUUUUAGAGAAAAGACUGUCGUUUACCAACAAAAUGGAAGGCAGCAUCGUAUACACUUACAACUUUGGGAUACAGCAGGACAAGAAAGAUUUCGGAGUUUAACCACUGCAUUUUAUCGGGAUGCAAUGGGCUUUCUAUUAUUAUUUGAUUUAACAAAUGAGGCGUCAUUCCUUGAAGUCAGAAACUGGAUUGAACAGUUAAAGACACACAGCUUAAGUGAUGAUCCAGAUAUUGUACUCUGUGGGCACAAAUGUGAUCUUCAAGAAAAAAGACUAGUUAAUCCAAACCGGGCAAGAGAGUUUGCAAAGAACUAUAAUUUGCCAUAUCUGGAGACCAGUGCAAAAACUGGACAGAACAUUGACCGUGCCAUUGAGAUCCUCCUUGAUAAAGUUAUGUUCAGAAUGGAAACAUCAGUUGAAUACGCAAUGCAGUGUGCUACAGGCCGACGUCGACAAUCUCUGCAAAAACUACAAGCUAAACAGGAUAGGAAAUUCUGCUCCUGCUAA